AUGUCAGUGGCAGGCAUUACAGCAGAAAACGCAGAAAACUUGGAAGACAUUGAGAAGCAAUGGGCAGUCAAGUCUUUCCAUCAUGCCGAAACAUACUUCCGGUUGGUUAGCUCCAUUCCGCCCAAUAAGAUCAAGCUCACACCCAUCGAUGAUGAAAUAUACACUGCUUUUAGAGCAGAGUUUCCAGACUUGGAUGUUGGGAUCCUGAAAGAAAUGGAGGACUUCAAAACGGACAAAUCCAAAGCCAAAUGGAGGGAGUUUAUCAUGAAGUACGAGGACAAGGUUGAAGACUUUAACUUUGGCACGCUGCUUCGGAAUCGAAGUGGGGAAGACUAUGGUCCUGACAAUUGCUUUUUUGUAACCCGAUUUCAAUUUCUCUGUAUUGAAAUUGCUCGUAAUCGUGAGGGUAGCAAUGAUGCACUUUGCAAGAAAUAA